AUGUCGUCAGUGGCCAAUAACCACGGUCCUUUUGGUCAACAAUCUCUCAUUCCGCCUGAGAAGCCCUCGCCUUCAAGCGCUAUUCCGAUGACAUUCUACAAGCGCGAUUCUGGAGGUGCCACCAACCCUGAUUGCUAUCCCAUGGAUGCAUCAUCUAUGCGUCCACGGCAACCUGGUUACACGGGCUGGUCCCCUCUUCCCAAUAUCAGCUCUCCUCAAUGGACUGAGGUCUCCUGUGAAUCCACCACGCCUCAUGUUGGAAGCCUUCCAGCCGCACACAGUCUGCUGUCCCAUCCUCCGAAAAGCAGUGUUCCUACCACCUCCACAACAGUGAUGACGAACCAGAAUGGGAAGACAUUUACGGCACCUACCUCUACUGCGACUACUGUGGCAGCAUAUCCACGGUAUGAGGAGCAGCAUCAACACUUCUCUCCAACGUAUCCUCUCAAACGAGGGUCCUCUUAUAGUGGCCCCAGACCCACUUAUCUGGACAACUCAGCAGCCAGUGCGAUGCCACAUAUGGAAUACGCGGACGGUCAAGGGGACCUCUACCAUGCCAAAUCAAACCCGGCUUUUCAGCCUCUUAGUUCGGACUUGCAGUACAAUGCCUACAGGUAUGGGAACACUCGAGACGAAAAGACACAGCUCUCUGUAAAUGGACUAGCGGUGAGGGCGGCGAAGAUGCCUGGACGGUUUCAGCCCUCUGAUUCAAUGGCCAUUUCACCACCUGCUAGCCUUGCUUCGUCGGACGGGGAGACGACUGCCAGCUCUUCAGCCACCAGAGGGGCGAGCUCACUCCCAUCGACGGGUACGGUCCCCACGACAACGACGGCAGUAGUUGCAGCGGCUUCGGUAGUAUCGCAACCUAAACGACCCCGAAAACCGGCUCCAACACUGGCUACGGGACGUCGGAAUCUCAAAUCAGAACCGGUUGACCCUGACGAAGCGGACAGAAGAAUGAAACGACGAGAGAGGAACCGCAAAUCUGCCCAAAAAUGCCGUGAACGCAAGCUCCAUCGGACGCAGGAAUUGCAGGCCCAAGUGGAGAGUCUUAACAUGGAGACCACUCGUUUGUUGCGUGAGGUGGAGGUGUGGCGCGACUACUGUCGCAAGUGCGUUGCCCUCCUGCACCAGCACUGUCCCGGUGUCUCAAUCCCUGUGCUUAACUGUGUGGUGGAGAAUCCGGAGAGCUACUUGCCACCGGCGCCUGCUAACAGUGUCACCGCAAUGGAUGCGGAACCGCUGUCCUUUUGUGAUGUGGUGGAACAGCCUGAUGUGAGCUUCUACAACAAGACACCAAGGAGCGAGGGGUAUGGUGGAUUAGGCAGUACCAAUAAUAACAUCAUCACCACCUCAGUAGCAGCAGCAGCAGCAGCUGUUUCCAAUGCCGGGCCGUGGAAUGGACGGGCUUUCACGCAAGUCACUCCCCAAUUACCACCACUUUCUCAGUUCGUACCGAUUCCAUCACAAAUGUCCACUGCUUCAUCUUCCGGAACGUCUGUGCCGAUGAAGUCGGAGCCGAGGACAGGUAAUUUUUGGAAGGGGGAUGAGACAAUAGAACCCUUCCUUGCCGGGGUGAACCAUGGGGGUAGGGACUCGGAAUGGAAGACGGAAAACGACACGGACUCCUCGUCGGGCUGUGGAGUUCUACCCCGCUUGAACACCCCCAACACUAAUGAAGCUGAUAAGACGACAUUUCCCAUGUUCCUACCAACCCUCCAACCAAUGAAUUUGCAGUUCCCACUAACAAUUCGUCAAUGCACUACAAGACGACGUUUUUCUACACUUUUCUACUUUGAAUAUCUGCCUGCUACUGGUGCUGCCGCUACUACUGCUGUCGCUGAUGCCGAUUAG